AUGGAAUUGUCUGAUAACGUCAGAUGCGAUUGCUCAUUGAUUGCUCAUCUUGAGCUAUGCUAAUAUGUUCCUUUUCAAGUAAGGUUGCAUACACACUCUUUAUCCAAACCAGUCGGCAUUCGGUUACUUUAUCGGACCUGUAUUUGGUCCCCGAUAACUGAUCAACAUGUGAAUUUGCAUGUGCGAUCAAGUACGGAGUAGCAUUCAUGCUAGCAGAUAGCAAUAGCGCAACGAUACGGUAUCAUUGCCGGCGAUAGUUGCGAUAGUCUUGAGAUUGGCUAUUUGGACCCUGAAUCGGUUGAACGGACAUUCUGCACGGACAGAGUUAAUGAAUCUCAAACGCUCAAAUUACUCCGUCGUGUCGUUUUGUGUAAAUUGUGAGCUGGAGAUACCACUCCGCAGCUCAAGACACAGGACAGCCUCGCGUUCGACUUUGUGAUUAAACGCGAGAUGGAUGCACCGGUCACAAGCUCAUUGGACAUGCAUUUGCAAAUUUAACUUUGCCACGAUUUACGAGUCCAAUUGUGACAACCCAAGAUCCCUGAUUGCAGAUCUCGUCAAAGCAGAGACCCUGAAGUCAAGCGCCUUCGGACACGAUACCCCAACAAAAGUCGAGGCUGCGGUCACCUGCCACAUUUUACCCCAGAUCGAAUUCCAUGUCUCAGUCACAAAUCUGUCCAGUCACGAAUUUGCAUGUCCGGCUCCUCUGACACCGCCAAAGCAACUAAUAAUACUCGGGCAGUUCUUAAUGGAGCCAGGUUCUCCCUCUCCGCACCACGAAAUCGCAGCUCACAUCAACGGCUCCACGGCUGAAAUGACAGAAUGCCAUUCGGUUGCAGGCUAGGUAAUGGUCUGCACUGUCUAGAGGGUGCGUUGAGGAGAAGAGGGAAACAAGCAGAAACAAAAAAAAAAACCAAAGCUUUUAAUCAAAAUUUCUGAUCCAUCUCUCACGUGACUACAAGCUCAAGCUACCCCACCAUAUCCGACAUUCUACCGUGUCGUCACAGCUGGAAUGACCAGGCAUCCAAAAGAUGCCAGCGAAACAGACAGAUAGCUUAACCACGAAUCCAUUGCGCCUCGGACCAUGAUGAUUGCCUGCGCUUCUCUAUAGUCCUUAAUUCCUAUUCAGCCUCUCCUUAUUGAUUGUUGUCUUUGUUACUGCGCAUGACCUCUUCGUCUCGAUCUUGACCGUCGCAUCUAUCGCGACCUCCUUUCCGCUCCGCCAAGACAUCCAACAUGGCAUCCGCACUCUUCUUUCUAGAUCUCAAGGGCAAGACCCUUCUUGCCCGCAACUAUCGCGGUGACAUUCCCAUGUCAGCAGUCGAAAAGUUCCCCGUACUCCUUUCAGAAGCUGAGGAAGACUCCUCUGCCGUUCCACCAUGCUUCUCCCACGAAGGCAUCAACUACCUCUACAUCCGCCACAACAACCUCUACCUCCUCGCCCUUACGAAACGAAACACGAAUGCCGCCGAAAUCCUCCUAUUCCUUCACAAGAUCGUCGAGGUCUUUACCGAGUACUUUAAAGCUUUAGAAGAAGAAUCCAUCCGAGACAACUUUGUCAUCAUCUACGAACUUCUCGACGAAAUGAUGGACUUUGGUUAUCCUCAAACAACAGAGUCCAAGAUCCUUCAGGAGUACAUCACCCAGGAAUCUCACAAGCUCGAGAUCCAAGCACGGCCACCAAUUGCCGUCACAAACGCCGUGUCGUGGCGAUCAGAGGGUAUCCGCUACCGCAAGAACGAAGUAUUCCUCGACGUUGUCGAGUCUCUCAACCUUUUGGUGUCUGCAAACGGCAACGUCCUUCGAUCAGAAAUUCUUGGCGCCAUCAAGAUGAAGUGUUAUCUCAGCGGUAUGCCCGAGCUGCGUCUAGGAUUGAAUGACAAGGUCAUGUUUGAGACAACCGGUCGAGCCACCCGCGGUAAAGCUAUCGAGAUGGAAGACGUCAAGUUCCACCAAUGUGUACGACUAUCACGAUUCGAAAACGACCGAACCAUCUCCUUUAUCCCCCCUGACGGCGAAUUCGAGCUCAUGUCCUACCGUCUCAACACCCAAGUCAAGCCCCUGAUUUGGGUUGAAUGCGUUGUCGAAUCCCAUUCAGGCUCCCGAAUCGAAUACAUGCUCAAGGCUCGAGCACAGUUCAAGCGCCGCAGUACCGCCAACAAUGUUGAAAUCGUGGUUCCCGUUCCAGAUGACGCCGACAGCCCUCGCUUCCGAACAAACAUCGGAUCUGUCCAUUACGCCCCUGAGCAAAGUGCUAUUGUCUGGAAGAUUAAACAAUUUGGUGGUGGUAAGGAAUUUCUCAUGCGUGCGGAGCUGGGCCUGCCAAGCGUGAGAGGAGAUGACGAACAAGGUGGUGGUAUGAUGGGUGGUUUCGGUGGUAGCAUGGGAGGAGUCGGGGGAGUGGGUAAGGGUGCCAAGCGACCUAUCCAGGUCAAGUUUGAGAUCCCUUACUUUACCACAAGUGGUAUUCAGGUUCGGUAUCUAAAGAUUACCGAGCCAAAGUUGCAAUAUCCUUCGCUUCCUUGGGUUCGAUACAUUACCCAAUCUGGCGAUAUCGCUGUACGGCUUCCCGACGCAGUCUGAGUCCUACAAGUCAGACCAACUAGCUCAUGGAUGGAUAACGAACAUGGGGCAGACUGCAGAGCAGGCUUCAUACAGGAAUGAAUAAUAGACUAAAUCAAUUCAAGCUUAAGCUGUCACAUCGGUCAAUCUCGAACAAUAGCCCUCUCCCAUUCAAAACUGUGGAGAUCUUCUCGAGUUGAGUAUUGGUUGUCUGGGUCAAGAAACACCUUGACAAUAAACCCUUUUGGAUCCUCAGAAGCUGUCGGGGGAUCUGUGGUUGUUAGCUAUAUCAGCAAUCGAAUGAACAACAUACGUCCUCUAGGGGCAUCGGCACUCAUCCAAGCUCCAUGUCUCCAUAAUCGAUUGUGUCCAAGAAAUACACUGUCUAUCAAAUGAUUGCUCAUCUCGCCACCUGGAGGUGCAUGUAAUGCCAUGAGCCCCAGGACAAUAGGCAACUCUCCUCCAAGGCCUGUCGAGUGAGGUGCAUUGUUUCGGGGUGCUUUGUAGGUCAGAGGAAGUAGACCGGGAAUCCACGC